AUGUCAAACAUAGGUCUCCAAGUUAGACAAGCAGUCCCAGGAGUAGAUCCCGUGGUCGUGGAUUAUACCGUAGGAUACAUCCAGCAUGUUACAAAUGCCACUGAAGACAGCGUGGCUGCACAACAAGUCAAUAUUGACGAAGAAAUGAAUUUCAUAAAAGGUCUUUUGCUUAAUGCCGGAGGACUCGAAGAUAAGGUGGAUAAACUCGUGACAUCGACGAGCCAGCAAAUCGCAGAGAAACUCAAGGAGAACAUGGCCAAGUUGGAGUUGACAGGUGAUACUUCUAGGCGGCUCUUGGACAUCAAUUUGUUGAAACAGAAUAGUUCGAAGAGAGACAUUAACAGCUCAUUGGCGCUCUUAAAUGCUAGCAAUGAUAUUGAGCACACAGGAAGAAAGAUGGAAAGUAGAGUGGACAAGAAGAAAUUGGAAAAACAAGAAAGAAAAAUCGCCAAAAAGGUGGCUAAGCGGAACAACAAGUUUGUUCAAUAUGAGGCUUCCAGAUUGCUCAAUGAAAAGAAGGAAGAUGAUUACGAUUCGUUCUUUUUGGAGAUUAACCCACUCGAUUUCGGCUCUAGUGCUGGUAAGUCCAAAGAUAUAAAAAUUGACGGGUUUGAUUUGUAUGUUGGAGACGGUCAGAGAAUUCUUAGCAAUGCGUCUCUCACGUUGGCUCACGGCAGAAGAUACGGUUUAGUGGGUCAGAACGGUAUUGGUAAGUCGACGUUGUUGAGGGCGCUUUCCAGACGUGAACUCAACAUUCCUAAGCAUAUAACUGUGUUACAUGUGGAACAGGAAAUUAGAGGCGAUGAUACCCCAGCUUUACAAAGUGUGUUGGAUGCCGAUGUUUGGAGAAAAAGUUUGAUACAAGAGGAGGCCAAGAUAAACGAGCGCAUAGCAGAGAUAGAGAAAUUGAGGCUGGAGUUCGACGAAGAUUCCAACGAGGUGAAAAAAUUGGACAAUGAAAGAGAAGAUUUGGACAAGCAUUUACAAGAUGUCAAUGAAAAGUUGUACGAGAUGGAGUCAGAUAAGGCGGAAAGUAAAGCUGCAGCCAUACUUUUCGGGUUGGGGUUCACAAAAGAGUCUCAAAUGAAUCCUACCAAAUCGUUCUCGGGUGGUUGGAGAAUGAGAUUGUCGUUGGCUCGUGCCUUGUUCUGCGAACCCGACCUUCUUCUUUUGGAUGAACCUUCCAAUAUGUUGGAUGUUCCUUCUAUCACCUACUUGGCAAGAUACUUGCAAUCGUACAAGUCUACCGUGUUGGUAGUGUCUCACGACCGUGCGUUCCUCAACGAUGUGGCUACAGAUAUAAUUCACCAGCACUCUGAAAGAUUGGACUAUUACCGUGGAUCGAAUUUCGACUCGUUCUACGCAACCAGAGAGGAAAGAAUCAAGAAUCAAAGGAGAGAAUACGAAAAUCAAAUGGCUUACAGAAAGCAUUUGCAAGAAUUUAUCGACAAAUUCAGGUAUAACGCUGCGAAAUCGCUGGAAGCUCAAUCCAGAAUCAAAAAGUUGGAAAAACUUCCUAUUCUCGAGCCUCCAGAAGACGACAAGGUGGUGACAUUCAAGUUCCCUGAGCCUGACAACUUAUCGCCGCCAAUUUUGCUGAUGCAAGACUUAACUUUUGGCUACGAUCCAUCUCAUAUCUUGAUACGAGACGUCAAUUUGGACGUUCAAAUGAACUCAAGAAUUGCAUUUUGUGGUGGUAACGGUACUGGUAAGACCACACUUCUUAAACUCUUAAUGGGUCAGCUUACGCCAUUGCUGGGUUACGUCAAUUCUAAUGGUCGUUUAAGAAUAGGUUACUUUGCGCAACAUCACGUUGAUGCCAUGGAUCUUAGUCUUUCUGCGGUUUCGUGGAUGUCUAAAACAUACCCUGGGAAAACAGACGAAGAGUACAGACGCCAUUUGGGGUCGUUUGGUAUUACCGGCUCGUUGGGGCUUCAAAAAAUGCAACUUCUUUCUGGAGGUCAGAAAUCGAGAGUUGCAUUUGCAGCCUUGUGUUUGUCACAACCUCAUAUUUUAAUUUUGGAUGAGCCUUCGAAUCACUUGGAUACUCAAGGUUUGGAUGCGUUGGCAGAUGCCUUGAACGAAUUCAAAGGAGGAAUUCUCAUGGUAUCACACGACGUUAACAUCAUUGAUCGAGUGUGUAAUGAGAUCUGGGUUGCCGAGAACGAAACCGUCUCUAAAUUCCCAGGUGACAUCCACGCCUAUAAGAAACACAUAUUGGAGUUGGCUGAUGCAUCGGGAGUGGUUAGGAAGCACUGA